UAAACAUCAUUGUGACCUUUAACCUAAAAUGGCAGCAAUCUAAAUAUUUUGACAAGAAGUAUAAUUAAAUUCACUGUAUUUCGUUUAUUCUAGCAUGUAAAGCCACAGCACAUAUAGUUGAUGUGUAAAUGUACUGAGGACUGCCAAGUGUAGAUUGAACAAGUCAAGAGAUGGGCAGGCAUAAAGGGUCAGCAUUUUGCUGCAUCAAGUACUGCUUUAUAGCCUUCAAUAUCCUUGUCUGGUUAUUGGGACUGGGUGUGCUGACAGUAGGCAUCUGGAUGCAUGUAAAUAGAGCGCCCUACAAUACAUUGCUUCCUGAUACUGCAUUUCUCAGUGCAACUGUACUGACAAUCUGUGCUGGGGCUAUUAUCUUUAUCCUGGGAUUUUGUGGAUGUUGUGGAGCUAUACUGGAGUCUCAGUGCAUGCUAGUUGUUUAUUUUGUGUUUGUACUGGUCAUAUUUGGAUUAGAGGUGGCAGCAACCUCACUGUGCCUGACUCAUAAACAACAGAUAAACAGAUUUUUACACGAGGAGGUCAAGUUGAGUAUACAAGAAGACUACAGGCCAGAAUUAGCAGGCAAACAGAAUGGGGGUGUCGUGGCAGUAGUUGAUAGUAUACAAACUCAUUUUGAAUGUUGUGGUAUAGACAAUCAUACAGAUUGGUACAGUAUAUCAGCAUGGCCAGAUAAGACUAGUGUACCAGAUUCAUGCUGUGUUCAGCCAAUAGAUGGGUGUGGCUAUGCUGGCAGUACAGCCGCAUUUUAUAGCAGGGGUUGUUUAGAAGAGGUGAAGUUUUGGUUCAUGAAAAAUAUGUACACACUUGGAGUGUUAGCUUUAGUGGUGGCUGUUAUACAGAUACUGACAAUGACAGCUGCUGUUGCUAUGUUUUGUUGUCUCAGGAAAAAUAAGUCCAUCUUAUGAUACUGGCAGUCAAUCCACACAUUACAAUAAACUGGCCAACAUUGAGCUGAUGUGGAGAAUUUGAGUUCUUUAAUUAACAUUAAUAUGCAACACACACCAACAAAGUGGUUGACAACACAAGUUGAUAUGCAGAAAUUUUUACACAUCAAAAAGUUCAACAGAACAUGUAUUUCUUCCAUCAAUUUCAACUAUUUAAUUGUUGAUCUGUAGCAGUUUGAAAACAGGCCUAGUUCGAUGGAAGAGGCUGACUAUAUAGCCAAAUAAAAUGGGUCUUCACAGUCAUAUUAAAGCUGCAUGUCUCCAGAUGAGCCAAAAUAUUUCAAUAAAAUCAAACCUGUGAAAAACGUUCUAAGAUUUUAUGAAAAUUAAAAAGCUUCAAGAUUGAAGUAAUAGUUUACAUGUUAUGUGCAAUUUAAUUAUUGAUUUUUUUAGUAUUUAUAUAAUCAUAUUUCUACUGCGUUACUAACACAGUACACUGUAAAGGCUAUUUUCGAAUAUUUUGACCUCAUUUUGGUAAUUUACAUGGGUUGUGAGUGAUGUUUGUAAUAUGAAAAUUGCUUCCUUUUGGUUACUUCACAAGAUUUUACUUUUAGAUACAUUUUCAUGAAAAUGAGCACAAGUCUGAAGGCAUGCUGCUUUAAGUGGGCCUUUGUAGGCUAGUGGUUACAGUCUCUUGACUAACUGUUUGCAUUUCGAAAUAUUUAAAAUUUACAGUACAAUUGAUGUUUUAAUGAAGAUUGAUAUGUUAUUACUUGAGGCUUUAUAUAAAAUAUCGUUUGUUUGCCACCUUUGAUCGUCCCUUACCAAGAUUCUACCGUUUGGAAAAUUUUUGGGGGCUGAGAAAACAAAUUUUUAUGUAGUCUUUGUAUAGCAAGGAUUUUUAUAUUUUAAAUUUGAGUCUAUUUAUGGUUGUGUGCCAUAACAGAAAAUAAUAGACUUUACUUAUCCAUGUACCUACCCAACCUAACUCAAGUAGUAUGGGUCUAAAGUGGCAAACAAACAAUUUUAUUGACUGUGGCAUGGUAUUAGUCAAAGGGACCAUUUUAAUUUACUUAUAGGAUGUUUUUUAUUUUUACAUUUGAAUAUGUAUUACAUAUUCAGCCAUCUGGGCUUAAAAGUAUUUCCCCUUCUUAAGAUGGCUCUUUUUAACACUCAUUCUCAAUGGCAGUUAAUGUUUAUUUUCCCCCCAAAAAUAGGGUCAGGGAUUAGUACAAUUUCAAUUAUAAUUUAAUUAAUUUUAAUUAAUAACAAUAUUCCAAAAAUUUGAAAAUAAUUAUUAACUAAGCUAAAACUAAAGUUAUUUUGAUUGUUAUUAAUGAAUUACAUAGUAAAAUUUGUCAUGUUAUUGGCAAUUAGAUUUAAUGUAACUACUAUAUGGUCCUAAAAUUCCUCAUUACUGUAAGCAUGCUUAGUUAAGCUGUUGUUGUGAUUUUUCCCCUGAUUUUUUUCCAAAUUUUUACAUUUCUUAAAUUUCUCAGUUGUGCUAAACUUGAUUUAAUUAUGGCAUUAUUGUUUUAGUAGAAUUUAUUGUUACCUGUUUGAAUUGCUACAGUGUUGAGUCUUUUUUUUCUUCUUUUAUGUGUACAUUACAGUACAGGAAGUUUGGUGAAGGAAAAUCAGAUCUGUGAAUAAAUAUUUGAGCCGCGCCAUGACAAAUCCAACAUAAUGUGUUUGCGAACAGCAUGGAUCCAGACCAGCCUGCACAUCUGCGCAGACUGAUCAGGAUCCAUGCUGCUUGUUUACAAACCCUGUAACAAGUAGAGAAACUGAUAGCGAACAGUAUGGAUCCUGAUCAGACUGAACGGAUGCGCAGGCUGGUCUGGAUCCAUGCUGGUCGCAAACCCAUUAUGUUGGUUUUGUGAUGGUACGGCUCAUAUUAUUGUGCCAUUAUAGGAGAAAGUCAUCAAUGUUUUGAUGUCGUAGAUUACAUAUUUGUAGAAAAACAUAGGAAUUUGUUUAUUGACAAAGAUUGCAGGAAAUCAUAUAUGUAACCCAGAUCAUAAGGAAAAAAACCCAGAAUAUUUAUGUGUUGAUGCUUUUCUUUUUUUGCUUAGAAAUUAAAAGUUCUCCAUAUAUAUUAACCCUCAUAAACAUAUAAUUUAUUUUACUUUAGAAUAUCUUGCAUUCACCUCUGUAUAAUUUGUAUCAAGAUAUCACAAGCUUUAAUACAUAUAUUUUUUAACAGCAUUUAGAUUAAAAACUAAAAAAAUAGAAAUAAUUUACCUGUACUUUUUUAUGAAAACCUUAGAAUAUUUGAAUUCUUAUUAGAUUUGUCUAGAUCUUAAAUACUUAUCAUGUAGUCUGAAUUUAAUUUUGUUACAUUUUCUGAUAAUAUUCCUGUUGAUGUUUUAACCAGUAUAGGCCUAGUUUGUUUAAGGUGUGGCAUUUUGUCUCUAUACUGACAGGUAUUUUAAUCAGCGUAAUUAUAUACCGGUUUAUAUCAUAUAUAUACAAACUAAAACAUCCAGUGCAAUACCAUCCCAGCUUUAAAUUAUUUAUCAAACUUUCACCCAUUUAUUACCUGUAAUCCCAUACAUGCUCAUAUACAUAUUAUAUACAUAUUGUAUAUUUUCUCUCCUCAUGAACAGUUUUAUUAGUUUGACUAUACUUCAAUGUCAAAGGAAAUUGUGUAACACUUGGUUAAGGAUUUGCAUGCAACUUUUUAAAGUCUUUAAUGAAUUAUAUCUUGUUUAGUUAGAAAAUUCCUGAUUAAAAGUUUGUGUUUGAAUUCUAUGAGGAAAUUUAUUUUAAACUUUAAACAUAGCUUUUUGGUUAUAAGUAUAUAAAACCAAGACCUAUAUCUCAAUGUUCAUUGAUUUAUUCCUUUUUGCAAACUUAGAAAAUUCCUCUUCUAUAUAGGGUUUUGUUAUAUUAACCAAACAUUGAGAAUAAUUGGUACCGGAUAGUUGAGCGUACUGUCUGACUGGCAGCUCUUGUUACAUUUCAUAAGCAUAUAUUUAUGUUUUCUGCUUUUUUGGCAUUAUACAUUGUACUGCUGUUUUGAUUUAUGAUGCUUCCUUUAUGUGUUACACUGGUUGUGAUUUGUACAUUCAGCAUUUUUACUCGAUUUUAAAUCAAAGAUACUGUUUUAAAUCUAAGAUACUGUUUAUAUAAUAAAUCUAAGAUAUUGUUUUAAUUUCAGAUGUUAGAUAUUGUUUUUAUUUGAAAUUUAAGAUAUUGUUUUUAUUACAUGGAUUUUUACAUGAACAAAACUAUUUUAUUAUAAUUUAUUUCACAGAAAAGGUCUGUUUACAUUAAUUGUAUAAAAUUAUUAUCAAUUUUUGCUACAUUUUUAUACAGGUAUAAACAUAGAUAUUUAAUGUGAUUUUAUUGUUUUUGUUGGCAUAUGCUGUUGUUAUGAGGCACUCAUCUAGAGAAUGGGUACUUACUUGAAACUUUCCCCUACAAAUGAUGAAUGCUUCUGUACAAAAUGAAAGAUAGAUAAGUCCAUUUAAGAUAUAUGUAUUUAAUUGGUAAACAUCAAUAUAGAUUUGCCUAUAGAUGCUUUUUAUAUAGCAAUUAUUACCUCCCCUGGCCACCAUUUUGGGGAUCAUUUCCAACAUAUAUGCUUAAGAUAAGGUUAAACUCUCUCAUAAUUCUGUCAUCUCCAUGAAAACUGCUAAAAACCUUUUACAUAUUAGUGCAGAAAGUAAUAUUUUGCUGCAUAUGUAUAAAGAAUUUGGACAUUCACAUAAAUGGGCUGUUUAUAUUGUUUAUUUCAUAUUUUGUCAAAAUUUCUAUAUUAUAUAGAAUAUUGAACCCCAAAAUGGCUGCCACUUUUGGCAAGGGAGGUAAAUAUUGUAAAAAAUCAGGAUCUAUCUGCGAAGAUUUUUAUAUGAACCUGUCGCAUUAUAUUAAGUUAUAAAUUUGUUAACUUUUGAAUUUUGAAGAAACUAUAAUAAUUACUAUCCAUUUUGAUAUUUUAGUAAUAUAUACAUGCUAAUGGAUAGUUGAUCAUGUUGCUAAUGGAUAGUUGAUCAUGUUGAUCGUGAAGUUUCAGAUUAUUUCUUUGUUGAAUUUGUAUGAAACAAGCUUUGCAGUGAAAAUGCAUGUAUGAUCAUAAAAAGAAAAAAAGUGUGUUUUUCAAAUUUGAAUUUUUUGUUAAAACUUUUACAGCUGAAAAAUGAAAGGUCAGAAUUUGUUUUGUGCAAAACUAAGUUUUGAUGAAAUUUCUUGGAGAAUAGUUUCGAAAAUCGGUCAGUACUUUUGUGUAUGUACACAGUGUGAUCUCUUAAUUUGAUUUUAUUGAUCAAUGAUCUGGUUUAAUGGCCUUUUUAAGAGGUUAUUAUUAUAAAACAUUUCUGUUCUUUAUUAUUUUUUUUAAAUAUUGUAUGCAUGCUUUAACAAUGACACUUUUUAAAGGAAAAGUGUCACUUUGAAGUUACUUUAAUAUCAUAGAAAUAUGUAUGCAUUUUUUGUCUCAUCUUUUAUACUUUAUACAGAUUUUUUACAAGUGUGAAAAAGUUCUUUUACCAAGCUCAUAUAGCUGUUGCUCGUAGACAUUCAAUUAUAGAGUACUUAUAUUGUAGUAGUUAUAUGUGUUUAUGUUUUUUCAUAGACUUAUAUUCGGAGAUUUGUUGAACUACAUCUGUGAUUUUAGGCCCGAGAAAAUAAUUUAUAAAAUGAUUUUGCUAGACCUUGUGUUAACAUUUUGUCAGUACUAUUGUUGACAGGCAUAUACAUGUACCAUCAUGAGUUAGUCUACACUUGUGGACAGCACCAUAAUCAAAGCAGGACGGGUCAAUCAUAUUCAGGAGAGACCAUUACAAAAACUUUGGGAGAGGGGGAUAGGGUCAAUUACGCUUGUUGAGGGGGAUGGGGGGGGGGAGGGUUUUCACAAUAAAGGCUUGGAAGAGCAAGAGUAAUUAUGCAAAGCACAAGGUCUAGUGAACUUUAUUUAUAUUUUUGGGCAAUUUUCGUAAAAAGAAAUUUGUACAACGGAUAUAAACAAAAUUUUGUAAUUUUAUAUUGUUCGCAUUAUUUAAGAGGGUGUUAUACAUGUAUACCAUGUAAACCCUUAGAAAUAAAGUAAAUAAUAUCAA